UGAUAUUUAAGUUCAUGUCUGGCCAAUUCGUUUACCUAAUUACAGUGACAAGAGACUGGGACAAAACAAGAGAAAUAGGCCAGACAAGUUGAUAAUUUACAUUCUAUAAGCCAUCAUGGGUAACAGAUGUUCAACCCCCUCGUCAGAUGAUACAAAGAAAGCAAAGGAACUAAUUCCUUAUGUCUGCAUCGAUUCAGGGUGUGCAGCAGACAUGCAAGGACAGCUUCAACCGUUUAGUAUUAAAAACUAUUCAUUAACCUCAGAAACACUUCCAAUGGAAGAGAGAUUCGAAAAUCUGGUUUUUAGAGGAGGUGGAGUAAAAGGACUGGCAUAUUGUGGGGCUAUUGAGGUACUAGAGAAACACAAGAUGAUUAAAAACGUCAAGCGAUUUGCUGGAGCUAGUGCUGGCGCCAUUUGUGCUACAUUUCUAGCAUUAGGAUACUCUUCCUCUGAACUACAGGACCUGUUGGGAACCAAUUUCUAUGAUCUCUUAAUAAAUUUUAAAGUAUGGCAAGUUUACAAAUACCCGAAAUUAAUCUACAAUUUGCUGAAAUACUUUGGAUUUUUUGAAACCAAUGAUUUCUUGGUUUGGCUGGGAAAAGCAAUCGAGGAUAAAGUGGGAAAAGGAAAGAAGGAUUUAACUUUUCGAGAGCUUUACGACAUUACUGGGAAAGAACUGUGUGUGAUCAUCACGAGUCUGAAUUCCCAGACAGAAGAAUACUGCCACCCCAAAACGACACCCGAUCUUUCCAUCAGAAAGGCUGUGCAGAUGUCUAUGUCCAUCCCAGGUUUAUUUCAAACACAGACAGUAGACAAUGAUGGGAAAAUGGAUUACUACGUAGAUGGAGGGGUGACCUGCAAUUAUCCUAUACACUGUUUUGAUGGCUGGUUUCUGUCAAUGUCCGAAGAACACUCGUUUUUUCUCAAGUUACCGAAAAUCAGAGAAAUGAAGACCAUCCUACAAGAAAGAUUUACACCAACGGGGGACAACAGGACACUUGGUUUCAUUGUGUACAGCGACGAGGAGUCAGAAAUAUUUAAACCAGUACAUAAGCCCCCACCUACAACCGAACUCCCGGGAACCAAAUUAGCAAGGAGUAGAAUGGAAAAUAGAAAAAAUUAUAAUGAGGGUACUGAGACUCUGGAUACUAUUGAAGUUUUUCUAGAGGUUUUAAAGACACAUAAUGCAGAUUUGGACAGAGUGCUCACCAGAGAGGAGCUGGAAGCAGCCUGUGAUGACGAAACAUUGACAGAUGAACAGUACAAACGCAUUUUUGGAAGUGUACCUCGAAAUGCUAAAGCCGUGUUGGAAGCCUUUGGGAAAACGGAGAACGAUACGAUAAUGGCUCGAGAUAUAUCGGAUUUCAUAAGAAGAAAGACUGGCCGCAGUGUACGUGAAUGGUAUAUGGGGUACAGUCGGCGAGAAAUAACCGGUGUUAUAUCCUUUGGGCAGACAUUUCAGAGUUUACUUCUCACAAACAUUGGAAGGAUCUUCCAACAGGAUCAAGAUGUUGAGAGAACGGUAGGAAUAAAUACCGCCUACAUCACCACCACAGACUUUGAUCUGGAGGACGAAGACAAGGAAUUUCUAGUUGAGCAAGGAAGAAAAUCAACAGAAUAUUACCUCCAGCAGCAGUUUCCGAAGAAAUUGAAUUAGAUCACUCAGAACGUGAGACCGAACGAAGAAAAACGUGCUUUUACAGUGCUUACAAAUUAUAGUUUGACUCUCAUCAACGGGAUGUUUUAAAUAUAUUUUUCUAUAUUAAUCUUGCUUGUAUUACAUAAAAACAGUUUGAGUGAUCCCCAAAUUGGAUAUAAAAAAAAAUCAUAAGCAAAUGUAUUGAAACAAAUGAAGAAAGUAAAAUUAUGGAAUACUUUUGCAGUUAGUUUUAUAUCUAGAUUUACCCCAUAUCAAUCUUGCUUGUAUGACAUCAACAUAAUUUGAAAGAUCUUCAAAAUUGGGUGUCAAAAAUCAUAAGAAAAUGUUGUAUUGAAACAAAUGAAGAAAGUAAAAUUAUAGUAUACUUUUGCA